UCAAAGCUGUAAAAGAGAGUGCUAGGGUUUAACGUAUUCCAGGGUCGACACAGAGAAGAAGCAGCAAAAAUGGGAGGAAAAGGGAAGAAGAGGAGAGAGAAAAAUUACAGAGCAGCUCAUGGAGGCACUACUAGACUUCCUCCCCCACCCACCACCUCCUCUAUUGAUGCCAUUCCUUCUAAGCUUCGUCAAAUUAUGGCCCUUUCAGGGGAUGGGAAAGCUUCAUCGGAUAAUGCAGACAGGAAGAAAGGAAAUGGUGGUGGCAAUGCUAAUGGGCAGAGAAUAAAUUCAGAAGAUCAAGUUCAAGCUAAAAAUGUGGGUAACAAAAGGAAAGAUGACAAAAUCAGUUUGUGCAGUGUUGGAGCAGAAGAAGGUAAUUCACAUCAGAAGAGAAAAAAAAAGAGAAAAAGAAAGGAAGUGAAGGACCUUCGGUUUGAUACAGCUGAACUGGGCAUUACUAGUUCAAAGAGAAAGGAGCACAAGAAACAGCGUUUGGCAGAAAUGAAAAAGAAACGCAGAAAGGCCAAUGCUGAUGAACACAUGGAUUUUCCUGGCCGUGAAGAAAUAAAAUUUGGUGAAGUUGUUGAAGCUCCACCUAAACUUAUAGUUCCAAAGGCAUUCAAGAAUAAUGCACAUGAUGCUUCAAAAGAAAGACUUCGAUUGCAAGCAGUUGAGGCCUAUAGGCAGCGGAAAGGAUGGACAUCAAGACUAGGGAUUCAGAUUUCUCCACCAGUCAUAGAGACUCCAUUGGUAUAGUUAUCUCAGAGACAACUAGCUGGAUGGGUACAUGAUGCCAUGCAAAAUAUCUACACUGCGCACUAUAUAAUAUCCAAAGUAGAAGUAAGGAAAUACUUGUCACGGAAAAAGUUAACAGAAAAAAAAAAUGGAAAAGGAAGUGGAGACUCGAUUGAAUUAUACAGUAUGAGUCUUUCUUGUAGUUUAUUAGUGUACACAAGUCAUUCUACAUUGAAAUCCUUUUUAAUUUGAAUGUGACUUGUGUUCUGGGUU